AUGACUCAAACCGCAUCCUCUGGGUCUCCUCCCGCAGGUUUCUUCAUCGGCCGGGAGGGGAAGAUGGUGCCCAAGGGCCAGAACCAGUAUAUCGCAUACGGCGUUCGUCGCGGCAGGCGCGGCACGCGGGUUGUCUUAUCGCAUGCGGCCAUGCUUGCGGAUAUCGCGAACGUCUCGAACGCUGCCGGACGAGGUUUUGACUCGUUUGAGGAGGCUCAGGCCUGGUGCGACGAGUUCAUCCUGGCGAACAACCCGCAGCGCAUUGCGGUCCUGCGUGAGGAGGUAGAUGGGCUGGUCUUGGAGCUGGCAGCCGCUCGCUCGCGUUCCUGA